AUGGCCAUGGCGUAUGCCUAUCUCUUCAAGUACAUCAUCAUCGGCCACACAGGUGUUGGUAAAUCGUGCUUAUUGCUACAGUUUACAGACAAGAGGUUCCAGCCAGUGCACGAUCUCACAGUUGGUGUAGAGUUUGGUGCUCGAAUGAUAACGAUUGAUGCGAAACAGAUAAAACUCCAGAUCUGGGAUACCGCAGGGCAGGAGUCCUUUUGCUCUAUCACAAGGUCAUAUGACAGAGGUGCAGCAGGGGCUUUACUAGUGUAUGAUAUUACAAGGAGAGACACGUUCAACCACUUGACAACCUGGUUAGAAGAUGCCCGUCAGUAUUCCAAUUCCAAUAUGGUCAUCAUGCUUAUUGGAAAUAAAAGUGACUUUUUUUAUUACUUCACUGCGGUGGUACCCACCAUGCAAAGAUAG